CGGAAGACGACCUGGCUGCUGGAUGUGGACUCGUGGGCCCGGAGUACACGUGAAUCCCAGGGACUGACCCCUGGCUCGGGUGCAUGGUGUCCUGACGAGCCGAAGCAGCGGGAGCGGCCGUCGAACGACUCAGAGAGGCUCCUCCUGCGAGCCGAAGCGCCGCAGGCUCCGGGGGAGAUUAAAGAAGGGGACAUUAAAAAUAUUAAAGGAUACUACUUUAAUACCUAAGGAUUACCCUUUUUAGAGGGUAAUAGUUCAACUGUGAAGACUAAUGGCUGGUUAUAAGCCUGUUGUUAUUCAGACAUUUCCCAAACUUGGUGAGAAAAUAACUCAAGAUACAUUGUAUUGGAAAAACUACAAGACUCCUGUUCAGAUAAAAGAGUUUGGUGCAGUGACAAAAAUAGACUUUUCUCCAGAGCCUCCAUAUAAUUAUGCUGUCACAGCUUCUUCAAGGAUUCAUAUUUAUGGCCGAUACUCCCAAGAACCUAUAAAGACCUUUUCCCGCUUCAAGGACACUGCCUACUGUGCUACAUAUCGACAAGAUGGUAGGCUCCUUGUUGCUGGCAGUGAAGAUGGUGCUGUCCAACUCUUCGAUGUGACUGGAAGGGCACCACUCAGACAAUUUGAUGGCCAUGCAAAAGCUGUUCAUAUGGUAGAUUUUACAGCUGAUAAAUACCGCAUCCUCUCUGGAGCAGAUGAUUAUACAACUAAGUUAUGGGACAUCCCAAAUGCUACUGAAAUUUUGUCCUUUAGUGAGCAUACAGAUUAUGUGAGAUGCGGAUGUGCCAGCAAACUUAAUGCAGAUCUCCUUGUAACAGGUUCAUAUGACCAUACUGUAAAAAUGUUUGAUGCCCGAGUGAAGAAAAGCGUGCUGACUGUGGAGCACGGACAGCCUGUGGAGAGCGUUCUGCUCUUUCCAUCUGGAGGCCUUCUAGUGUCUGCAGGAGGUCGCUAUGUUAAGGUCUGGGACAUUCUUAAAGGAGGACAAUUGCUAGUAUCCCUGAGAAAUCAUCACAAAACCGUCACAUGCUUAUGUCUAAGCAGCUCUGGACAAAGACUACUCUCUGGAUCACUAGACAGGAAGGUGAAAGUGUACAGCACGACUUCCUACAAAGUAGUACACAGUUUUGAUUACGCGGCAUCAAUUUUAAGCCUGGCAUUGGCACGUGAAGAUGAAACUAUAGUUGUAGGAAUGACUAAUGGAGUGCUAAAUGUUAAACAUCGGAAACCUGAAGCAAAGAAGGAUCCUUUUCCAAGGAGACGAAGGCCUGCCUAUAGAACGUUUGUUAGAGGGAAAAAUUACAUGAAAAAACAGGAUGAUGUUUUGGUCAGCAGACCGUUAAAGACAUACUUACAGACAUAUGACAGAGAUUUGAAAAGCUUUCAGGUUUCCAAAGCUCUUGAUAGAGUACUUCAGCCCAGGUUUAGAGUCAAACAGCCCGAAGUUACAGUUGCUGUCAUUCAGGAGUUAAAUCGAAGAGGAACUCUUUCGAAUGCCCUUGCAGGGAGAGAUGAGAAACAACUUAGUGUUAUUCUUAGUUUCUUGAUAAGGCACCUGGCAGAGCCAAGAUUUGCCCCUGUUUUGAUCAAUGUUGCUGAAAUGGUCAUUGACAUAUACCUGCCUGUGAUUGGACAGUCACCAGUAAUAGACAAACAGUUUUUGGUGCUUCAAGAGCUUGUAGAAAAAGAGAUUAGUUACCAAGGACAACUGUUAGAAGCUUUGGGGAUGAUGGACAUGCUUUUUGCUACCAUGAUAAGAAAAGAAAGCACUUCUGUGUUUGACAGUAAAUCCAAUGGUGUUUCCAGGGACCAGAAACAAGAGACAAGCAGCAUGGCUGUUUGAGGCUUUGGUUGGUCAAUAGUAUCAGUCAACCUUUAAAUGAACUUUAGCCUGCAGUAUUGGAAAGGGAACUGUUUGAGUGACUCCCAGUGGAUAACUUCGUUCAAGAAGAAGCUCAUCGAAACGUAUUUUUCAAGAGACACUGAAAUAGUGAUAUUUGGAAAAUAAAUAUCUCCUUAAGAUGUGAUUUUUGAUGAAGUAAUUUUGUUUCUAUAUUUUGAAUAAUUUUAUAAAAUCUUCAGAUUGAAGGA